AUGUCUGAAAUGUCGCUUGACAAGCUAGGCGGCAUGGUGGCUUACAUGGAUGAUCCGAUCAGCAUGCGGAGCUCAGACUCCGCUGUGCCGCAAUCUAACACUCCGAUUGGCAGCCUGACUUUGGCUGAAAGUGGUGGCACCAGGGCGGCGGCCAUACCCGCUGUACACCUUGGGGCGCGCAUGUUCCCCGGUUGCCCAUAG